CAAAGUCAAUAUAAGCCACUCGAGUGCUCAUCAGUUCUUUGAUACGAUCGAGAUGAACGCCAGGAUUUUCGGCAACGGCGGCGAGACGCUGGUGCUCGCCCAUGGCUACGGGGGCACCCGGUUCGUCUGGGACGACGUCGUGCCGUCGCUAGCGGAGAGGUUCCGUGUCGUCAUCUUCGACUGGAGCUUCUCCGGCGCGGCGGCCGACGUUAGCGGGUGUUCGGAACGGCCCUGCUCGUACGACGGCUUCGCCGACGAGCUCGUCGCGCUGAUGGACGAGCUGGAGCUGAAGGGGGCGGUGUACGUUGGGCACUCCAUGGCCGGCAUGAUCGGCUGCAUUGCGUCGGUCGCGAGGCCGGACCUGUUCAGCCACCUCGUGCUGGUUGGAGCAUCUCCUAGGUACAUAAACGAGGACGGGUACGAGGGCGGCUUCGACAGCAGCGAGGUGGACGCCAUGCUCGCCGCCGUGGAGGCCGACUUCGCGGCGUGGGUGCCGCUCUUCGCCCAGGCCGUGGUCGGGGCGGACCACCCGGCCACCGUCGCGAGGUUCGCCAAGCAGCUGGCCACGAUGCGCCCUGCCACCGCGCUCCGCGUCCUGCGUGCCGUGCUCACCUGCGACGUCCGCGGCGUGCUCCCGGACGUCACGGCGCCGUGCAGCAUCGUGCACUGCGGCCGGGACUCGGUUGCGCCGCUCGCCGUAGCGCGGUACAUGCAGCGUGCCAUGGUCGCCUGCGCCGGCGCCCGUGGCGCGGACACGGUGGUCAUCGAGUCCUCCGGCCACUUCCCGCAGCUCGCCGCGCCCAAGGAGUUCGUGCAGGCCAUUGAAGCCGUCUUGAUCGACCACUGA